CAAACAGAUGUUGUGAGAGGCCCAACAUGUGGAUCCAGUGAAAUAAACCAAAAGGCUGCUCAUGAGAAAACACACGGCAGGCCAGUGGAUAUAUAUAUUUAUAUAUAUUUUUUUCACUCAGUCAAUGAAACCACCUCUCUCUCACACUGCUCUUUAAAGUGGUCUGUGGUGACAGUGAGAAACCACCCUAUGGAUGAAGCACACUCACGAGACAUAGGAGAAGAAAACAUUUUCCCACACAUUGAGUGGAGACCUCAGUGUUGGAACAGCUGGUCGGCCCGGACUAACAGCUCGUUCCAGGUUCAAAUGAACCUAAAUAUGAAAUCAGGAUUGUGCGCGCACAGCACAGCCUGCAGAGUCAUGAUUACAGGCACUCCGGCAGAAAUGCUGAAGCCCUAAAUGUUUACUUAUGUUUCCUAUUUGGCAGAGGCAGCCCAAAAGGCAAAUAAAUCACAUGCUGUGAGCUGGCCAGGCCUUCGACUGUGAGAAACUGAGACUAAAGAGGAGAAACAAGAGUUAAAGAGUAAGGGUUUUCAGAUGUGAGUCCAGCCCAGCUUGGGUGUGCUCCCUUUUAUUUGAGAGAAUGAAGAGGACAAUCUCUGCUGCCUCCACCCCUUUAAAAGAGGAAAGAAAAGGCAAGAAACGUGUGUUGAAGAGAGGAAGUGCUGCUGCCAAGGCGCAGGCAGGGCCGUUAUACUCACAUCUCCCCAGAACAUCUGGCAACUGUGGGGUAACACUGUUUGGACAUCUGGUAACCGAAGGUUAAACUGUCGCUCUUCCAUCCUGUCGGCUUUUUCCUGUUAUGCCUUGCUGUACGCAGUCUGGGACUUUCAGGUUUAUCAUACGUGCUCAUCAGUUAGGGGAAGCGCACUUUUGUUCAUUUUUUUGUCUGACAUGAAUGGAGCACUUGGUUUCAUUGGGGUAUUCCUCUCCUUCCUCUCUGACGUCACCUAUGGAGGGUCUGCCUUGCCACUGGCUUCUGACGACACGUUGAACCACUGCACAGACAUAUGGAACAUCUGUCACGAGAAGUUCGGCGCUCCUUCAAUGACCUGCCUUUCCAGCUUCUACAGCAACUUGUGUGUCAGGACUUUUGACAGUGAAAUGACAUCACUGAACAGCACCCGCUGGUGCAAUUGGGGUAACGUCAAAGGUUAUUACAGUAACCUGAGCAACUGCACAGAGGUCAUAUCUGACUGUCUCCUCAUCCCUUGGCCAAACCCUCUGGUGGAGGAGACCUUUGUGAAGAUUCACCUCAGGUACUUUAAAGAUUGUCCUACGGAGGAGCUGGGUGACCCGCCACCCCUCGUGAUGUUUGCCCUGGUUAUAACGCCCAUCUUCCUAAUCCCCGUCAUGGUCAUCCUGGUAGUCUUCAAAACCGUAAACUGGGACGACAUCUCAUGACGUUCAUGACAAUCGCCAAAAUCCUACGUGUGACCAUAAACUGCUGCUGCUCCAAUCACCUACAACAAGUCCACCUGAGCUUUGAAGCUGAGACCAGGUCAGCAACAGAGAGAGAGCCGCUGUCUCACACAGAACACUCUGAUUAUGACUUCACAAUGCAGUCUGUGCCUCCAUAACAAUGUUUUUUACGACAAACUCCCAGGUGUCCUCUGACAUCCAAUGUGACAUAAGCUGUGCUGUUGAUGUACUGUACUGUGUCUCAUUAACACUUCUUUCUUUUCAAGAAAAAAGAGGGAAAAGACAAUAGAUUUGUCUCAACCCACCAACGGGGAAUUGGAACCACUGAUGGUGUUGGUUACAUCCAAACUGGAUGCACAUGUUCGGAAAACAGCUUAAUUUAAAACGAAGAACACAACAUUCAGGUUUAUGUUGACAAAGGCUCCACAGCUGGCAAAAGUUAAACAGAGACAAGAAACAAAUUUGUGUUGCCACACCUAAUCGUGUAAGGCACCGUUCAGUUAGUUUUUGCUAAAAGACAAGAUGUUUAUUUUAUUGACUGCAAACAUCAACUCUUCAUACCUAGCUCUGCUUUGAGCCAAAAAAUGAGUGUAGAGCGAGACUUCUUAUUAAUUUAAUAAACGUUAUCAGCCCCUGAUGAAUGUGUUAGGAGAACGUCCUGGACUGUUUCAAGGCUUUUCCAAUACUUUUAAAUUUUUUUGUUUUUGUUUUUGCCAGUCUAUCUUUGGAUAAUUUAUCCAAAGAUAAGCUUUUGUGUUAUAUUUUAUUCAACUAUUGGCUAACACCCAUCCAUGGCUACCUUCUGAUAAAUAUCCAUAUUUUAUCUUCUCUAAAUGUAAAUUUAUAUGUAUCUAUAGCUUUAUCAGUGCAUUUAGCUGAGGAAUAACUCUAAUAUAUCAGAGUCAUUAUUUAAAAUUGAUUAGCCUUUGGCUACCGUAAUGUAGCUAAGCUACCUAAUUGGUACUUUUACAUAUAUUUCAGUUAUAUAUCAAAGUUUCAAGCUUAUAUCAGGCUAUUAAAGGGGUAAGAUAAUAUCUGUCAUCUGAGAUAAGUUUGGUUAACUUUUGGUUAAUUUUUUGGUUAGCUGUUACUCAUUUGCGUACUAACCUAGCCGUCCUUCUAUCAUACUACCUUUCAAAUAUUUUGGCUGAAUUACUGAAUUUCCUAUUAGAUAUAUUCUUAACUACUUUUUGCUAACUUAUAGUUCACACUUCCUUCUGUUUUACUCUAAAUUUAAGAUAUCUGUGAGUAAAUAAUUAUGAUUUAGCUGAACUUUACUCUUUUGCUAACUAAUGUGUUCUACUUAACAAAAUACCCUACAGAUGUGUAUGUAACUAAAGCACAGUUAACCAAUUUUCCAGGUGCAUUGAAAGCCUCUACUGUAAUGCUUUAGGGAUGAAUUAAAAGAAAACAAAAAACGUUAAGGCCAUUUUGACCAUAGUCUGAGGUACAUAUACAGAUAUUUCUUAAGAAAAGCCCAAGCGCAUGUCCUUAUGCGUGGAUGUGAGUCAUAGCAUACUGGGUUCAGAGGUUACAGAUGAGACACAGUGAAUGGAUACGCCUAGAAAUCGGGUGGAGAUGGGGAGCCAGAGUUAUUUGUCUGGAAAUGUUUAUUUUUGAACGACACUUUCAAUCUGUCUUUAUUGCGACACUCGUCCGUAUGCUAAGAUGAUGGGCUCAAUAACAAAAAUGUAUCAAACAUUUUAUAUUUUAUUUUCUGACAGAGACAUUUAGCUUGUCUGUACAACGUAGUCAAAAAAAAGAAGCACUGACUAAUGACAAAGAAGGACACGAGUGUUGUCCUUCGACUUCAUCUUAUUCAUGUGUAUCGAUGCAACGCUAAAGCAACUUUUCUGCUUUCAGAUCGGAAUGAAAUGUGUAUUUAAAAACAGUGUUACUGACAACACUUACUGUACUGUCUGGAGGAACUGAGCCUGUUCGCUCUGUCUGUCAAAAAUCUUGAAACUUUUAUACCAAUAAAUUACAGUUUUAAAAUGA